CGGAAUGUUUUUGCUGUUGCUCCAGACAGCUGUCAAACCGACAAGUGCCUCCUUCCUUACCUUACAGUUUGCAGGAUGGCCCAGACAGACAGCAAGGUACUGGUUUUGGGAGCGUUAGCUGGAGUGGCUGGUGUCAGCUUGGCUGUGGUGUGUUACCAAAGUUUUAGGUCUCGGCGAAGAGGUUCGUCCCCGGGAUUCCAAUUUCACCGCACUAAUGAGCAAGGGUAUGGUCUCACGCUGGUGGAUGGUCCUGGUCUGCCCAGCGGUCAGGCCGAAGUGCUGGAUCGCCUUGAAGCCCUGAUUCAGUGUGUUUCGGAGCUGAAGGAUGAAAUGAAGGCGUUGAAGAACGCUCUGCCAUCGCUGCAAGACCAGGUCAGAGAGGAGUUCAGGGGACGUGAAGAGGCGCGGCGAACUGGCUCGCUGCACAGGACUACGCCAACACGAAGGAAAAGAACUGCAGCCACUGUCGCUGAGGCCAGAGCUACAGGCCGGAGCUCAGAGGAAGCAGAGAGUGAAGGAGGGUACAUGACUGCGCUGACAGACUCAGAGGAGGAUGAGCUAAGUGAUGCAGAAGAGAGGGAUCAAGAGCAUCCUGUGGACAAGUUGUCUCUCCUCAUUGAGCAGAUUGACCGUUUGCAUCAGGGCUGUGAGUCUGACAAACAGGAAAGUCUUAAUAUCCUUUUGGAACAAAGAGAAGAGUUUGGACAAAACUCGACAUUUCUUUGGCGGCUAACCCGAGCUUACUGUGACGUUCAUGACAUCAGCUUGACUCUGGAGGAGAAGAAGACCUAUGCAGAGACUGGGAAGAAAGUUGGCGAGGAAGCAGUGAGCUUAAAUCCUACAUGUGCUGAAAGUCAUCAGUGGUAUGCCAUCAUGUGUGGAAUUAUGGCCGAAUAUGACACCAUCCAAAACAAGAUAAAGAACGGAUACGUCUUUAAGGAUCAUCUGGAUAAAGCCAUUGAGCUGAAGCCGCAGGACCCGCUGUCCUACUACCUUCUGGGCCGCUGGUGCUACGCUGUGUCUCAGUUAUCGUGGAUUGAAAGGAAAGUUGCUUCAACUCUGUUUGGAGAACCACCAAGCGCCACAAUUGAAGACGCACUGAAGAAUUUCCUUAAGGUCGAGGAGCUCCAUCCAGCUUAUUCUAAACUCAACUAUGUGUUUCUGGCUAAGUGCUACAAAGACUUGGGCCAGUGCGAAAAGGCUAAGAAGAUGUGUCAAGCUGCUUGUUCAAUGAGUGCUGAAUCCAAAGAGAAUGAAGAGGCACAAAAGGAGCUGAGUUUACUGUGCCCAGCACUUGGAGUGUGACAGCAGAGGAAAGGCUUUUGGGAAUCAGUUUGCGAGUACUGCAGCUGCAUGUGAUAGACCAUCGUGUUAUUUCACUCUGUGAGUGUAGAUAGCGCCCGUGGGUGUAAAAGGCUACUGCAUCCAGAUCAUCUGUUGUACCUUUCCAGUCAUGUUUGUAUUAUGAAAUUUUUAAAAGUAGAAACCAAUCAUCAUAAAGGAUUCCAGCUAAAUGAGUGAGCUAAACCAGUUUUCUUCAGUUUAUAGCAGUGAGUAGCAGACAUUCUCUGAGGUCUGAUUGCUCUGAUAGGAAACUUAAUUCCAGUGUGUCUCAGGUUGAUAACACAGACCUGUCACUUUUGGGAAAGUGACAAACAGGGUUUGUUGUUACGUCCUAUCACAUCAGACAAUGAUGCACCCAAACAUUUUGCAUUGCUGUGACCACUGAACGGCCACCACCACCCUCCCGAUACAAACCAGCAAUAAUAGUCUCUUUUAACAUUUACAUGCAGACUUUAUGAGAUGAUUUUCUCACAGAUAUAUUCUCUGAUCAUGACUCAAACUCGUUUACCUCCUGCUCCUCAGUUUCUGUGACAGCAGUACCACCAAAUGAAGUGUAGUGUUGGACAGCAGUAAGUUCUGUGUGUACACCACACACCUGAAGUCCUGUAUUUAAUUUGCCCUUUUGCAUGUUUGGCAGAUCAUGGAAAAAAUGACACCAUGAAUUAUGUCAGUGACUUCCUCUUAAUAGAUUCAAAGAGCACCUGUACAGGAACACAACAGGUUCUUUUUGAACAGAAGCGCCUUUUACUCCAGAGUUCCUAUUCCUGGAAGGUUUCCUCCUCUCAUAGUUCACCAAGAACAUUUGAUUUUCCACGCUUUCAUUUUUUUAACAUUUUAAAUUGAGCUCUGACGCACUCACACGUGAUUGGUUUGAAACAUAUUAGGAAUUUUUCUGAGACAGCAUUUUUUUGGGGGGGGGGGGGGAAGCUAUGUGACAUGUACCACAUGAAUCAGGAAACCGAGGUAAAAAGGUGUUUGAUGUAUAUAGAGAGAUGUCAUUAUACUGUCAUUAUACGCCUUAUUGUACUGGUUACAGUGAAAUGGAUAUGUUUCAGUUAAUAUGGAAAACCAAAUCUGACUAUUGGGAUUCGAGGAUUGAACAGAACUUAAAAAAACACAUAAAUCUGGUGUUGAUGUAAAAAGAGUCACUGACAGGAAAUCUGAGGGCAUGUUUUGUGUUUUCUGGUUUUUUUUGCCAUCAAAAACACAAAAAACAACAACAACAAAAACCACAGGACUGAUGGCUGUCCAUUAAAACCGAUCAAUAAUGCCAGGUUGCAGACUCUUGCUUUAUCAUGACACAGCGGUGAAUUCCUGGUUGCGUAAUGCCACUAAAAUGCGACCCAGUCAGAUUGAAAUGAAGUUUGAAUGUUUCCUUUUAUUACUCUUUUACAUAUUCUCAGCUGUUUUUUUUUUUAUUAUUAUCUCCGCUCAGUGAAGAAAAACGUGCAUAUUGAUUGAAAACGUCGGUGCUGUUGAUACUGGAAAUUAGUUUAGGGCUUUUAUUUUUUAUUUCAUUGUAUUUUUUAAGUCUACGUACAAAAUGAAUUAUUUUGAUUUGUCGCUUUAUGUAUUUUUCUACCAACACUACAAAUGUUUUUCUUUUUUUCUAAUGCCAUAACGAGUUCCUCAAGGUUGUAUCGCAUCGGAUGGAGAUUAUGCAUUAUACUUGUGCUGUAUUUUAGACAGUGUGUGUUUAAUGAUUGAUGGUACUGGAAUCUACAAUUAAAUCUGUGCAAUCCUGAUCAAAUUU